AUGUUGAAAUUGGUUGGAGUCGGUUUAGUUACAGCAGUGGUGGUGGGUGUAGUAGUGGGAGUGGUGACGUGGGUUGUAAUGAGGGAUGUGACACAACCACCAGAACUAAGGCCGCUUGAUUGGUGGGAGAAUACGGUUAUCUAUCAAAUAUAUCCAAGAUCUUUUAAGGACAGUGAUGGAGACGGUAUUGGAGACUUGAAAGGUAUUACACAACAACUGCAACAUGUGGCAAACGUCGGCGCUGGAGCCAUAUGGCUUUCACCAAUCUUCAAAUCCCCCAUGAUUGAUUUUGGCUAUGAUAUAAGUGACUUUUACAACAUUCAUGAGGAAUAUGGUACCAUGGAGGACUUUGAAGACCUAAUACGAACGGCACAAAAUUUGGGUUUAAAAGUACUUUUAGAUUAUGUGCCAAAUCAUGCGAGUACAGAAUCGGAAUAUUUCAAAAACUCUGAAGCAAGAGAACCUGGAUAUGAAAAUUAUUUUGUUUGGGCUAAUCCGAGACCUGACCCAACGGGCCAAAAUAGAUUAGUACCCUCCAAUUGGGUUAGUCAAUUUGGUGGCUCAGUAUGGGAGUGGAGUGAAAAACGACAACAGUUCUACCUCCAUCAAUUUGCUGUUGAGCAGGCCGAUUUUAACUUCCGAGAACAAGCAGUUAGAGAUGAGAUGAUCAAAAUUAUGACCUUCUGGAUCGAGAAAGGAGCUGACGGUUUCAGAGUUGAUGCAAUCCCUCACUUAUUUGAGACUGCACCUGAUGCAAAUGGGAUAUACCCUGACGAACGUCUUUCAGGGAAUAUGUUCUUGACACCUGACCAAAUAGGGUAUACGACACAGGAACACAUUAGGGACCUUCCAGAAUUGUAUGAUGUAGUAUAUGAUUGGAGGAAGGCCGUGGAUGAUUGGAAACAGGCAAAUGGGUCGGAAACUAAGGUCCUUCUGGCAGAAGCAUACUCCAAUAUUGUCAAUACAAUGUUGUACUACGGAGACGAAAGAGGUCGGGUUGGAGCUCACUUUCCUUUCAACUUUGACUUCAUCACUACCUUAAAUGCCGGAUCCAACGCCAGAGAUUUUGUGUACGUUAUACUUCGUUGGCUUACGUAUAUGCCUAAAGGAAAUGUCGCAAACUGGGUGUUUGGGAACCACGACCAAAGUCGCAUGCCAUCCAGGUUCAGGCCGAAUAUGGUUGAUGGCUUAAACAGUCUCAAUAUGAUGCUACCAGGCGUUGCAGUCACCUACCAGGGCGAGGAGAUCGGUAUGAGAGAUGGUUACGUCAGCUGGAACGACACUGUAGAUGUGGCUGCUAUCAACCAGGGUAAUGAAGACAAUUACUUGGAGUAUUCUAGAGAUCCUUGCAGAACUCCAUUCCAUUGGGACGGUUCGAUGAAUGCUGGGUUUUCAACCGCUACGAGGACUUGGUUACCUGUCGCUGCAGAUUAUAGGGAAAUCAAUGUAGAGGUUCAACAAAACGCAGACAGAAGUCACUUCAAAGUAUACCAAGUUCUAACCAGGCUCCGUAAAGAACCAGCUCUUUCUCACGGCCAGUACCACAUUGAGGCUCUUUCUGAGAAUACCAUGGUAUUAGUCCGGUAUCUCAGUACUUAUGACACUUACGUUUUGGUGUUCAAUGUUGGGGAUUCACCCGAUACUGUUGACCUUAGAGAUGUAUCCUUGCUGCAAGAGCCAAUGGUGGUAUAUACUUCAAGUGUUCACAGUACCAGAGUAUCUGGAGAUAAUGUAAGUUUUGGUGAACUAAAUCUGGCAGCCGGCGAAGCCAUAGUACUGCGAACACCACCAAGGACCUAA